CGACACCAUCCGCGCCCCGCGGAUAUGUAUUAUUGAUGCGCUAACCUAUGCGGGAGCGGUGCAACGACUCGUCGCGAAAAUUCCUUCGAGUGUAUCAAACGUCGCUGUUGCGCGUCGCGUUCGGUGAUCGAGCGUGGCGCACGUGGCGAGCGCCGUCUCGUCCCGUUCGAAAUUCUGAGGGAUUCGUCGCAAUACACCGCGACGCCGAUUCACCGCGUACAGUCGCAAGCGUCUCCUCGCGCGCAACUGUCAUCGUGCGUCACCCGCCGUCGUGGGAGCUCGACUCGUUCGCGAGAGGCUGUCUCGGCGCGGCGAGGUCGCCGAUGUCCCAUCGUCACCAGCUUACAUGUUUCCCGCGAGCUAAACUCGAGCCUAAAACUCAUUCUUGCCGAUUCUUUUGUCUGCACACUUCUGCUGGAAACGAUUGUAAACAAAAGCAGGUUUGCCUCUGCUGUACAAGAUUGUUGGAAAGCAAACCAUGAUGCAUGGAUGAAAUACUGUCACUAGAUGAUAGAGCGUGAAAGAUUGGACUCUACCAAGUCCAAGAAAAAGACUAUUGAUUUGAGAAAAGAAGAGUGGCAGUAUCCACCACGGCUUUUACAGAGAUGGUUGGAUUGGCGGGCGGGGGAGGUCAUUUGUAUCCCUCGCCCCCCAUGCAACCCAAUCCAGAACUAAGAGAAAUGACGGGGAUUGCACCCAGUGCACCAACCAGUGCUGAUGCUUGCUUGAGCAUUGUGCAUUCAUUGAUGUGUCAUCGUCAAGGUGGUGAAAGUGAAGGCUUCAGCAAACGCGCAAUUGAAUCGCUAGUGAAGAAGCUCAAAGAGAAACGCGACGAAUUGGACAGUUUGAUCACUGCAAUAACUACUAAUGGAGCACAUCCUAGCAAAUGUGUAACUAUCCAGAGAACUCUCGAUGGCAGAUUGCAAGUGGCAGGACGCAAGGGUUUCCCACAUGUAAUUUACGCUCGCAUUUGGAGAUGGCCGGACUUGCACAAGAACGAACUGAAACAUGUGAAAUACUGUCAGUUCGCUUUCGAUUUGAAAUGCGAUUCCGUAUGUGUGAACCCUUAUCACUAUGAACGAGUAGUGUCGCCUGGCAUAGACCCGUUCUUUACAGACCUGUCCGGCCUCACUUUGCAAUCUGGCGUCGGUGUGGGACCCGGUGGCAGAUUGGUCAAGGAUGAGUACACGGUCGGCGGCGGAGGUACAGCUGCCGCAGCAGCCGCAGCCGCUGUUGGAUCCGCGAUGGACGUGGACGGUGAAAUGAAUCAGACGAUCCAGCAUCAUCCACCGGCUCCUCAACCAACCGCUUCGAACAACGCUCAACAGGCCCAGCAAGGGUUUAUACCAGGCUUACCAGCUCCCAAUCCAACCAGUACUGAGGGUAUGUUUAGUGCCGGUGGGAGUGGCAAUAAUGGUAAUCCCCACGCUAAACUGGACGACAAUAAUUGCCCCAGGCAAACCUGGAUUCCCACGUCUCAUCACUCGGCAGGCCGUAACAUGCAUCAUCCAGUAGUACAUCCAAUGAGUCACACCGUAGGUAGCCAACAACAAUCGCUGAACGCCGCGUCCAGCGGAACGUCUGGCGCGCAGAUCCUGAGUCCCGCGCAGGGACAGUCGACCGCCGAUACGUUCUACGGCACCAACACACCCCCGCAAGACAUCAGUCAACCUCCUACAGUCGACGCGCUAGCAGCAUCUUUAGGCGAGGGCCAGAGCUCACCCGUCUCGCCCGUGCAUCUUCAUCAUCCGAAUGGAUUCUCCGUGGGAACAGCACCGUACAAUUCCGGAGCACCGCAGUGGACCGGCGCCAAUACUCUCACGUACACUCAAAGUAUGCAGCCGCCGGAUCCUCGACAUCUUCAUACAGCGUCAUAUUGGGGAGGUCAUGGAAACGACAUUAGUGGAAAUAUCGGAGGAUUGCUUUCCACGCAACCGGCGCCGGAAUACUGGUGCUCCGUGGGUUACUUCGAAUUGGACAUUCAAGUCGGAGAAACAUUUAAAGUCAGCAGCAGUUGUCCCACAGUCACCGUGGACGGCUACGUGGAUCCGAGCGGCGGAAAUAGAUUCUGUUUAGGUGCCUUGAGCAACGUGCAUAGAACGGAACAAAGCGAGAAAGCGCGUCUUCAUAUAGGGAAAGGCGUUGUUCUGGAUCUAAGAGGCGAGGGAGACGUUUGGCUGAGAUGUCAAAGCGAGCAUAGCGUCUUUGUACAGUCUUAUUAUCUGGACAGAGAGGCGGGUCGGGCACCUGGCGAUGCGGUACAUAAAAUUUAUCCAUCGGCAUAUAUUAAGGUCUUUGAUCUGAGACAGUGUCACAAACAAAUGCGAGGUCAAGCCGCUACAGCUCAGGCUGCUGCAGCGGCCCAAGCCGCAGCCGUCGCGGGUCAUCUUACACAUGGAGGGCCUAUCGCCAAAAGUAUCAGCGCAGCUGCAGGAAUUGGAGUCGAUGAUUUGCGAAGACUUUGCAUCCUGCGUUUGAGUUUUGUUAAGGGAUGGGGUCCAGAUUAUCCACGACAAAGUAUAAAAGAAACACCUUGUUGGAUUGAGGUGCACUUACAUAGAGCACUUCAAUUACUGGACGAGGUAUUGCACUCGAUGCCUAUUGAUGGGCCACGAUCGAUUGAAUAAUUUCAUCAAUUUGAAUUUUGAAAGUAUAAAAAGGCAUUUGAAUGAAGUGCACAAGUGCAACAAAAGUUUUCUUCAUUCGAGAAAUUUCAGCUUAGGAAAGCGAGUGGACAAGUCAGAUGAACCAAAUUCAUCAGACAGGAAUGAUCAAAUGAUUGAGACAAGAAAUUCGACCAGAAAGCUUGGAAAAGAAAGAGAGAGGGAGAGAGCUUGCGGAAGUUAUUUAUAUAUUUAACAACUCGUGAUAUAUAAUAAUCUGUGUAGGACAGGGGUUCCCAAACUUUCUAGCAUUCUCGUUGCAGAUGGUCUACAGAUGGAAUACCUGUAUGUAUUCUAAAAAUGUAUAUAUUUUACAUAUUUGUAUAUUUUAUCGCAGAAUGUACAAAUGUAAAACUUACAGCUGUUCUUUCAUCUUUAUUAAUUGUUUUCUUAGUUUUCUUAGUAAUAAUCUUUGUUAAACAAUUAAAAAGAAAAGGAGAAAGAUCAAUGCAAAUUACAUGUUACAGAUGUUGGUGCACAUAAAUGAUUUAUUAUUUCUUACAUUUAAUUUUAGACAUAUAUGUAUAUAACAUAAAGUGGAGACUUUUCAAAUUGCAAAGUAAAAGAUUAAAGUCUUAUUUUAAGUUUCUAGGUUUAUGUAAUAAUUAAUACUUUUAAUUUGAAUGUAUCAAAUUUUUACUUCUAAUUUAUGCUUUGAAUUUGAAUGUAUCAAAUUUUUACUUCUGAAACGAAAAAUUACAUUUUUUAUUGCAUA